AUGUUCUCAUCGCUUCGGCGGUCUCUCCCCCCACUUGGUCGCAGAUGGAAACCUCUCAGUUUCACCAACCCCAACUUCGUCCGAAUACCCGAGGGGCACAAGAUUGAAGAGGAGACUCUCCGAGACUAUGUCGCCGCGGAGUACUAUCCAACACGGAUUGGAGAAGUCAUCAAGGAGCGAUAUCAAAUCAUCGGGAAAUUGGGAUUUGGAUCUACCUCAACCGUGUGGCUUGCACGCGAUAUGGAUUUUCGGCGUUAUGUUAUGCUCAAAAUCUGCGUUCAGGCUUCGUCAAUGGGCCAGCAGGUGGACAACGAGCUCAACAUGUAUAAGCACAUGGAGCAAUCUUCAACGAGUCAUCCCGGUCGCGACGUGAUAAGAAAUUUACUCGACACGUUCCACAUCGAUGGAACCCAAGAUCAGCAUCGAUGUCUUGUGCAUCCCCCGUUAUGGGAGAGUGUUUUGGCUUUCUUACGUCGUAACCCGGUUGAGAGACUACCCUCGCCAGUGAUUGCAGUUGUCCUUCAUCGCCUGUUUCUGGCUUUGGAUUAUCUUCAUACAGAGUGUCAUAUCGCACAUACAUUCGUCGCCAUGUGCAUCGCCUUUGGCGACUUACUUCCCUGA